AUGUCAAGGAGCAUUCUCGAACGGCUCGUUAAUCCGCGCCGCUCCUAUGAGCGUGUAGCGGAAGAAGAUGGAGAGGAGCGGUUGGAUGAAUAUGCUACUCCAGAAGAGCCCCCAGUGGCUCCAUUCUCCCGGCUGGAAUAUGUAAUAUUUUUAUGGCUUGGGGUGUCUAUGCUAUGGGCGUGGAAUAUGUUCCUCGCAGCAGCACCCUACUUCCAACGGCGAUUUGGGUCCAACCCCUGGAUCCGGUCGAACUUUCAAUCUUGCAUAUUAUCGGUUUCUUGCCUCACAAACCUCUCCUCGGCGCUUAUACUGGCCAAACUCCAGGAGAAUGCCUCGUACCCCCGAAGAAUCAGAAUUUCGAUACUCCUCAACAUAGCCGUUUUCGCUCUCCUUGCCAUAUCCACCGUCAUGUUUCGGAACAUUUCAUCUCUUGUAUACUUCGUCUUUGUGCUUGCAAUGGUCUUUAUCGCUUCUUUGGCUACAGGUAUGAGUCAGAACGGCCUUUUCGCUUAUGUUACAGGAUUUGGCCGAAGCGAAUACACGCAGGGAAUCAUGGUUGGACAGGGCAUUUCCGGUGUUUUGCCCUGCAUUGUGCAAAUGCUAGCUGUUCUCGCGGUUCCCGACGCCAGCGAAACUUUAGAUUUAGACACCGUCGAAUACCAGUCUGCAAAAUCAGCCUUCAUAUACUUCACAGCAGCAGUUGGUGUCUCUGGUCUUGCCUUUUUUGCUUUCCUUUACCUCAAUGGUUCGAAGGGCUUUCACAGAAUCACCGAUGAAUCUCCUCUUCAUCUGGAUGAGGACGAGACUCUCAACAAGAAGUCCAUUCCCCUUCGCCUAUUGUUCCGGAAGCUCCGUUGGAUUUCUUUGGGAAUACUCAUUUGCUUUGCAAUCACGAUGGCUUUCCCGGUAUUCACAGUCGAAAUACAUAGCAUUCGAGAAUCAGGAACCCCAGCACCACCUCGUAUUUUCCAAUCUGCCGUAUUCAUACCGUUGGCCUUCCUUUUCUGGAACACAGGAGAUCUUAUCGGGCGAACAUCAGCAGGCAUUUCAUGCUUUAAGAAAGCCAGCCGCUAUCCAUUUUUGCUGUUUGCUGGUUCCUUGAUGCGCAUCUUGUUUAUUCCCAUGUACUUGAUGUGUAAUAUUCGCGGACAAGGCGCAAAGAUCAACAGUGAUUUCUAUUAUCUGUUUGUUGUACAAUUUAUGUUUGGUCUCACGAGUGGGUACCUGUGCUCUGCAUGCAUGAUUGGAGCGGCAGCAUGGGUCGAUGAAGACGAGAGAGAAGCUGCAGGAGGGUUUAUGAGCCUCAUGCUGGCUGCUGGACUGGCGACUGGAAGUCUAUUAAGUUUUCUGGUUGCGAAAUUAUAA